AUAAAAACUGAAGCUGAACUCUACUCUGCAUAUUCAAAUUUGAAGAAAAGUUUCCAUCAUCUGUAAACAAAAAAACAUUUUUAUGUUCUUUGGGUUCAGUCAAAUUUAAGUUUAUAAUCAUUAGUUAGUCAGAAAAUGUGUUACUGUCACAUCUCUACAGAGAAGGGUCUAUUUAUUAAAGGUGGGGCCAAGCAUGAGGUAAAUCACCCAAUGCACUUUGGUUGUAAAGGAGUGACGAUGGACUGCAGCCAUUUUUGGAACAGUGUGACAACUGAAAGGAAGAAAGUUCAACCUAGGGUCGCCCAACCCACUUCAAUGUGUAAUGUUUAUCAACAAAAUUGUUUUGGCGUGUGGUCUCGUGUAACCAACGUGAGGUGGAGUUUCACCACAGACCCGUUUCAGCGUUGGGGUAGUGAGGAGUGAAAACUCAUUUUGUCCAUGAGGAGAAUUUUCCAUUUGGCAGCUGGUCUGCACAUUUAUACGCCUUUAACUGAAAAGUAUCCACGUCAUUAUAAAGACCCUCUUUGAGUAUGCUGAAAAAUGGAAGGCACCUGAAGACUCUCUCUCUCUUUUAGAAGUCUAUACUGUAGCAAUCGAAAGCUAUUCUAAAGCACGGCCAUAUCUUACCUCAGAGUGUGAGAAUGUAGCUUUGGUUCUGGAGAGAUUAGCUCUGCUGCUCAAAUGCUGUUGACUGAAAAUGGUAGCUACGAGCUCUCCAUUCUCUACAUUCUUUCUCAAGAAACUGGAGUGUGGAAGAAUCCAGUACUUACAAUGAUUAUGAACCUAGAUCCACUGGAUCAAUAUCAAGUUGACCAGUUCCUGGUGUCAGAAGGUUCAACCCUGUUGGAAAUGCGAAUUAAGCAACUCCUUAAGCUCGGUAAAGUGGCAUCAGCGACUUCUUUGGCAAAACUGUGUUCAGGCCACCAUGAAAUGAGCAAAAAAGGCAACUUUACACAACUCUACCUGACUUGCCUUUGUGCGGCUUCACCAAAUAUUAAACUUAUAGAGGAAAUUGCCAAAGUAGAUUGCAAGGAUGCACUUGACAUGAUUUGCAAUCUAGAGUCUGAAGGUGAUGAGAAAACCUCAUUGAUUCUAUGUGCAGCUUUUCUGUCUCGUCAACUGCAGUUUGGGGAAAUGUACUGUGCAUGGGAACUUACCCUUUUUUGGAGCAAGUUACAGAGGAGAGUGGAUCCAUCAAUACAGAUAUAUCUUGAGAGAUGUCGCCAGCUGUCUUUGUUGACGAAAACUGUAUAUCACAUUUUUUUUCUGAUCAAAGUUAUUCAGUCAGAGACUGAAGGUGCAGGACUUCCAACUUGUAUUGAGUUGUGUGUUCGAGCUCUACGUUUGGAAUCAAGUGAAAAUGCAAAAGUAAAAAUCUCCAUCUGCAAGACUAUCUCUUGUUUAUUACCUGAUGACUUGGAGGUUAAGAGAGCUUGUCAGCUCACCGAAUUUCUCCUUGAGCCUACUGUCGAUGCAUAUUAUGCUGUUGAAAUGCUAUACAAUCAACCUGACCAAAAGUAUGAUGAGGAGUCUCUUCCAGUACCAAAUUCACUACGCUGUGAGCUUUUGCUUGUAUUAAAAACUCGAUGGCCCUUUGAUCCAGAAUUCUGGGACUGGAAAACACUAAAGCGCCAGUGUCUUGCAUUAAUGGGAGCAGAGGCAUCUAUUGUGUCUUCAAUUGAUGAGCUUAAUGACAAUGAAGUAUAUGAUCAGACCGAUGACUACCAGGAAGUGACCAAAAUCUCCUGUCUAAAUGGGCUUGAUUGCUUUGAUAAUGUUAACAAUGUAGAAGAAGAAGAAAAACAGAAAAAGAAAAACAUAAAAAAAAUGAGAGAACGUGGAUACGUAUCAGCAAGAUUUAGGAACUGGCAAGCAUAUAUGCAAUAUUGUGUACUAUGUGACAAAGAGUUCCUUGGCCACAGGAUAGUGCGCCAUGCGCAAAAGCAUUUCAAAGAUGGCAUUUACAGCUGUCCAAUAUGUGCACAACAGUACAGCAGUAAAGAGAACUUUGUUCCACAUGUCACCUUCCAUGUUAAACAAUCUUGCAAAGAGAGGCUGGAAACAAUGAAACCCUUAAGAAGAGUUGGAAAACCUCCUAAAAAAGCGCCAACUAGUAAGAGUAAAAAACCUGUAGCAGUUUCUAAACAGGAGCGGCCAAUUAAGAAGAACAGUCUCUAUUUAGAUGAUUUUAUCGUAUUCAAUGAUAAUGACAAAUCAGAGGAUGAUGAGAAAGACAACCAACCUGAUAUUGCCCAAAAGGAAGAGCAGACACUUGUUAAUGAAUUUGCCUGCCCCGUGCACCUAUGCAAAAAAGGGUUCAAGUACUUUAAAAACUUAAUUGCACAUGUAAGGGGACACAAAGGUGAUGAGGAAGCAACACGUUUCCUUGAGAUUCAGAGCAAAAAAGUUGUCUGUCAGUACUGCAGACGACAAUUUGUUAGUCUUGCUCACUUAAAUGAUCAUUUACAAAUGCACUGUGGAGACCAACCUUAUAUAUGCAUACAAAUGAAGUGCAAAGCAAGUUUUGAAACCUAUGCUGACCUAUUGUCUCACAGGAAGGAACACAGAGUUUUCAGAGCAAGGUGCAUGUUUCCUAAGUGUGGGAGAAUAUUUUCUGCUGCUUACAUGCUCUUUGAUCAUGAAGCACAACACUAUAACACAUUUACUUGCAAAUACGUUGGCUGUGGAAAAAUCUAUCAUUCUCAGCUUCAGUUAGAAAAGCACUUAAGUGAGCAUGUACCAGAAGAGACUCCUCUAGAGAGCAAAUUUAACACAGCUCAUCAACAAACUGCAAUGCUAGGAAUAAAACAUGUAAUGGCUAAUAAGCAACCAACAUCAGUCUGUCCAGUUGAUAAUGUUAAUGCAGCAUCAGGAAAUUCAGUUAAUGAACGUGCAGAUGAAAAAGAUUCCAACCUUUCUUCAGCAGUCCUGCCCCAAAAAGAAGAAUCACUUGUUUCAAAUGGAAUACAGCAGACAAAUUUGCUUGACCAUCAUCUUCCUCCUACCACUGAAGUUCUUCCUUUUCAAUCUUUGCUAAACCAGAUGUUGCCAUCAUCUUCAGCUAUACUAAACCAGACCCUUCCACUUGAGGCAGAUAUUUUAAAUCCUUCUAACUUGCCUGUACACCCAAGUAGCAAUGUCAAAUUGACAUCAGUUCCUGACGAGUGCCCUGAUAUUGUGCUCAAACAGAGAAAAUUGUUAGCAACAGAUAAUACAAAUAAUUGUAAUAAAAAUAAACCACUAACACGUUUGCAUUUUGAGGAGCCAUGUCUUUCAGUUUAUGAAGGUUGCAAAACAUCCUGCCCUAUUGAAGUAAACAAAGAUCUUGUCAGCUCUAAUGCUGUUGAAAAUAAAAUGGAAGUGCUAUCUGAAAAUUUUGUGGAAAGGCAGGUUAGCAGUUUAAUGCCUUUUGAAACAAACAACCAAGCAUCUCAGUUGUGUGAAAAUAAUUUAGAUAUGUCUGGAUAUGAUGAAAAUUGUAAACCAGAAAAUGCUUUAUCAUUGUCACUUGAAACAAGCAGUAUGCUUACAAAUGUUUUGCCUUCUGUUAGUAACCCAGGUCCUGUGCAAACAUCACCAGCACAAAAAUUUAAAUGCAGUGUGGAGGGAUGUACAAGGAUUUACAACUCAGUCCAAAGUAUAGGCAAACACAUGAAGACAGCCCACCCUGAGCACUAUGAUGCCUUUAAAAUGGAACGCAAGAACAGAAAAAAAUUUAAAUGUGCAAAUUCUGUAUUGCCUUCCACAGAAGACAAGCCUACAUAUUGUAUAUUGCAAGAUGAAGGUUGCAGUAAUCCAGUUUUUCAGCCACAGGUACAGAGUGGUUCAAAUUCUAAUUUUUGCAAUCAGUUACAACACAUUCCAAAUCCAGUUAUUACAUCACAUCUUGAGAAUCUGAACCCAAUUCUUAGUUCUGUUGAAAGUAUUAUUUCUCAAAGUUUGUCAAAAAAUGUGGCAGAUUCUCUUCUGGGAUCUGAUGUUGGAAAUGUAACCAGCACAACCCUAACAUCACAACUUGAGGAUCUGGCAAAAGUUGUUUUACCUUUAAAAUUUGAAAACGGUUCUGACCCAUUUCUUCCGAUGCCAACUGAAAAUGAUCCUGUACCAGUCAUGUCUUCUCUCAGUGGGGCUACAGUUUUUACACAGCUAGGCAGCAACACAAAUCAUGAUCAGGUGUUAUCUGUUGGAGAAGCUGCCAAUUCUGUAUUUCUGAAAGAGGAAACCGAUGCAGAAUCAUCAUUUUCCAAGCCGGCUGACAAUGCAGAUAUUGAUGCAAGCUUUAACUUGGAUAAAUCAGCCACAAUGCUUUCUAACACUAUCGAAAAUAAAAAUGGUAAUGGACGAACAUCAAGAAAUAGAGAGAGAAAGCCAAGGCACAGUUCUCGCCCAAAAUGCCCUGCAAUAAUCAGAGAUGGAAAAUUUAUAUGCAGCAGGUGUUUUAGAGCCUUUACUAACCCAAGGUCACUUGGUGGCCAUUUGUCUAAACGAGCUGUGUGUAAACCUCAUAAUGAAUAUGACCAUUCCCAACUGGUCCCACAGAUAGAUGGCCAAGCCAGUGUGUUGGCCAGUAUGAUACUGUCCUCCAGUCCAAAACACAACUUACAGUCACCCUCUCAAACAUAUAACCAUGAGGUGUCCAUAAAAGAAGAACCUUUUUUUCCUACAAUUUCUUCCAACAAUCAAACUAAUCAGUUUUUCUCUUCUUUUGUAACCCGUGAUAUGGAUGAAACUAAGAAAGUAAUUGAAACUCCAGAAAUUGUAGCAAACAGACCAUUAUCCCUGAAUAUGACUAAAGAUGGAUCUCUAAAUGUCAGUAGUGAUACAACCCCAUUGACUGCAGUUUUGUCACAGAUCUCACCAACUAGUACCAAAAUGGAAGAAAGCCGCAAGAUUCUACAUUCUGAAUUAAAUAACUGCAAUAAAGCAGCUACAGUGACUGAUAAUGUUGAAAAUGGAUUGUGCUCAAAUGCCUCAUUGAAUGCAGGUAAUGAAAACAAUUGCUUGUCAACCCCUGUAAGCAGCACAAGAGUGUCUGUUAUCAGUGGGCCACAAAAUCCUUCCUCAACAGCAACCAAGAAAAAGGGCGGGGGUACUAGAAAGAAGAAGAAAACUACUGAUGUUCCUACUGAAAUCAGUACUUCACAUGAACUAGCAAAAAAUCUUUUAGCAGCAGUAGGAGGCCUUCCACAACAUGUUGGGGGGAGUCUGCAGAUGCCAACAGAAAUGCAACCAAAUUUAUUAUCUUAUAGCUCAGAACUGAUUGAAAACAUUGCAAAGCAUUUAAACAACACAGACAAACAGUUGUUCUUAUCCUGUAUAAAUGAUACUAUUAAAGGACAUGCUGAUGCAAAUGUAAUUUCUCAAACACCUGAUAAGCCAGAAAAAUUUGAUUCUGUGGCCAUGCCUACUUUUACCUUGAACAGUAAAGAGCAUUCUGAAGUACAAAUACCGACAGAGUUAAUAGGGAGUCAUCUUCAAGGACUAAAUUCUCAAGCAGCUGAAGUAUUUUCAGUUAAUGGCAAUGCAGAAAGCCCUUGCUUUUCAUUACCACGAAGUCAAAAUACUGUAAACACAGACCUAGACAUUCUAUCAAGGGAUGUGCAUAAUAUUAUUUCUGCAGCAAAUAAUGAUAGUCCAAAUGAUACACUCAACAUUCCCAUAUGUUCUGCUUCCCCAACACAAGAAGCAGAUGCACAUAUAUUAGAAAUCAUGGAUUUAGUACAGAAGCUUCAAUUAGUGGAUAGUGUAAUAUUUGAGAACAUAGGAAUUGAUUCAGUCCCCGGAUGUCCUUCUGACUAUUUGCCCAUGACUUCUAGUGUUAUUGUUCCCAAUCCAAGUUUAAAUGUUGUGGAGGAGCCGGAUGACUCGAAAUCUUUACUGGACAAAUGUAAUGCAAAACCUUUUAUUUGCCAGGAGACAGAUUGCACAUAUUGUGCAAUGACGAAGGACGCUUUGUUUAAGCACUAUGCUAAAGUACAUUACUAUACACAAGAAAAGAUUAUGGAUAUAAAGAAACAUCAGCUAAAAUUUGCUCCAUUCAAAUGUGUUGUACCCUCAUGUACAAAAACGUUUACCAGAAAUUCAAAUCUUCGAGCACAUUGCCAGUCAAUGCAUAACUUUACACCAGAACAAAUGAUAAAAUUAAAAAUCAAGAGAGCAUAUGGAAGAAAAUCUGAAAUUACAUGUGCCAAUAUCCAGGAAUUACCUCACACAAUUCCAGAAAUGGAACAUAGUGUAGACAAAUUAGCCUCAGUUCGACAAAAACAGCAUUCUGAACAGCAUCAAGAAAUGCCAGCGGUUGAGCGAGUAGAAGCUCCAAAAGAACAGGAACCCAUAUCUCCUCAGAGUCUUGGUAAACCAUCUUCUCACGUCCUCCAGGCUUUAAGCCAGAAAUGUAAGAAAGGCUCCAAAGUACGAAGGAAGACAAAAGAAGUAACAGACAAAGUAGACAUCCAAAAAGAUAUCAAGCCUGCUGUUCAGGAAUUUAAUUCAUAUAAACCUUACCAAUGUGUUCAUCAAGGCUGCACAGCAGCUUUUACUAUACAACAAAACUUAAUACUUCAUUAUCAAGCAGUACACAAGUCUGUUUCAAAGUUCUCACUAGAAGAAGGUGAAGAAUGUGAAAAUGGCUUUUCUCAGAAGGAGUUCAGGUGUAUGGAAAUAGACUGCUCUAGAAUAUUUCAAGAAGUUGGCAGUCUUGUACAGCACUACAUGAAAUUUCAUGAGAUGAUAGCAGAGGAAAUUGAAAAUGUACUUUCUUUAAUAAAUAUUGGACAAUUUAAAUGUGAUCAGCUUAACUGUGCUUUGUUGUUUACUAGCUGCACCAGUUACAUUGAGCAUCUUGAAGAAGUCCAUGAAAUAAAAAUGAGGCAUAUUAAAGUGGAAGGAGAGGAAAUGUACAAAUGUGAUUGUGAAGGUUGUGACCGUGUUUAUGCUACAAGAUCCAAUUUGUUAAGGCAUAUUUUUAACAAGCACAAUGACAAACAUAAGGAGCAUCUGAUUAGGCCGAGAAAAAUUAGUCUCAGUGAUCAAGACACUACUGAUGAAAAACCCCUGAAAGAAAAACCUAAAGUAGCUAAGCAGAAAUGUGAAACAGAAGGUAAUGAUGUCCUCAAAGCGAAACGCUCUAAAGGUUGUUUGAUUGACAAAGAUAUUAAAAUUGAACAAGGACAGACAAAACAAGAAACAACUUUAAAAUAUGGCAGGCAUACAUAUUCUUUAAAACCGAAAGAUGCUGCAUUUGUAGAAUGUUCCAGUAACCUUGCAAAGCAAUAUCCUUGCAUGGUACGUGGAUGUACAUCUGUGGUUACAAGUGAACGCAGUAUAAUCAGGCAUUAUAAAUGUCAUAAACUAUCGGGCGCCUUUAUUUUAAAACACAGAGAUUCACUAAUAGUAUGCAAAAGACGUGCCCGCCCUAAAGGCAAAGCUGAAUCUAUAAUUAUUAAGGCUGGAGAAGAUGCUAAAAAUGAGAUCUCCUCACAGAAAGAAUCUGUACCUAGCCUGCUUGCAUUCAUUGACGAAUCUAGCUUAUCUACAUCUCAGCCAAGUGAAAAUGAAAAAGAUGAGAUGGAUGAACUUGCAGAACUCUUCAUCUCAAAACUGAGCAAUGAAGAUAGCACAGGUUCUGACAGCCAAGCAAGGACUUCUUCUUUUGUAAGCAGUGAUUUUCACGAAACUAGCUCUUGCCAGUCAGAACCACAGAAGGAAACAAGUAACCUAAAAAGAACCAAUAAGCAAAAGCAUGUCCUAAAUCGAAAAAGAAAAGUUGAUAAGUCUGACAUGCAAUCAACUGAAACAAGUAGCACAGUCAGUGGAGAGGAGAUUAUUGCUACCUUGCCUACUACAGAAGAGCCACCUGCACUUGACUUAAGCUCAUUUAAACCUAUGGGGUUUGAAGUAUCGUUUCUUAAAUUCCUGGAGGCAUCUGCUACCCAGGAAGAGGAAAGUGUGGACUUGGAUGAUUUUAAAGCAGAAAGCAAUGUUGACUUGCACCUAAUCAAGAAAAAAAUGCGGUUAUCUGUAGAUGAGGACGAACUAUCUUUGGGGAGUUCAGAGAGUGACCCUUACUUAUUAUUUGCUAAUCCUUUACACUUUCCAGACAUGGACAAUAUAAAAUUAGUUUUAGAUCAGAAAUUCAGUGACUAUAUUGACCUUGUUGUAAAGCAGCUUAAUGAACUGAAACCUGUUGUUGUUCUUAGAAGACAUGAAAUGUUGAGGAAUGAAUUGACUAGCACAUCCAAGGAAAACGUUUUAGCGGUAGCUGAGGAAGCUACAGCAUAGAAAGUUUCAAAAUCCCUGAAGCAUGCAAGUUAAUGUAUUUUUUUUUUUAACUCAACUUUUAUUUUUUCUAGGGGAGUUAUCUUGGCCAAAAAAAAAAAUCAUGGCUCAAGUCAUGCAAAGUUUUUACUCCAUUUUAUCCCUAUGGGACUUAUGGGACUUAAGCAAUGGGAUUGUUUUAAGUUAUGUAAAUAUUGUUUUAAAACCUCAAUAUUUCUAUUGAUAAAUUGUCCUUUCACAAAUCAAACAAUUUGUGUAUUGUCUAUAAUUUGUUAUGCUCACAAGUAAACUGCUGUUGUGCAGGUGGAUACUUGUGUAUUGCAUUUUUUAUGUAAAUAUCACUGUAACACAUUUGCUGCCUAAGUAUAAACUAUUAAAUAACACAUUUAUAUACUGGUUUUUCUAUUUUAAAUUGUCAUAUUUUAAAUUAGCCCAGUUCUGAUCUUCAAGUUUUAAAAAUAAUACCUUAAUCACCCCUUAUGAGGAGUUUGGGGGAAAAUAAUUUUUUCCAUCAAGUUUUUGUAAUUGUUUUCAUUACAAUAUGUAUAUUAAGUAUCGUUGACCCCUAUUUUAUAUAAAGGGCCUGCUCCAAUAAAUGAAAAAGUAUAAAGAUUAUCUUGGAAGGGGAGGGGGGGGGAAGUUGACCAUACACUGAAAAAGUCCUAAGCAGCCUUAUCAGGAGAGGACCAGCGUCAUGGUUCAAACUUUUCCCUAGAAUUUUCUGAACUAACCCCUAAUGUCAGUUGAGCAGAAACGCAUUUUGUCCCAUACACAACCCAAUAGGUGGCCAAGUCUCCAACAGAUGUUAAUCCUAAAACUGUUCAGCAAAAACCUGGUACAUUGAUGAUAACCUUCCUCAAAAAGGACACAUUUCAGAUAUAGAUGUAUUUUUAGGGAGACUAGGUUUGCUCUGCUGAAGAUCAUUCCUGUGAAAAACUGGUCAUGGCAAAUGUCACUCCUGAAAAAUAUAUUAUAAAAAUGUAUUCAUGACCCAGUGCCUCUUUUCCUACUUUACAUGGUUGCAAUGUGUUUAAGCCAGCAUUUAAGAGAACAAAAAAACACUAGAAUCAUAUAUGUAACAUGUGUUACAAAAAUGUCUGUAUAUAGGUUUAUUAGGUACUCACCUUACCAAACCUGUAGUAAAUAUUUACUUCAUUUUCCUGUUGCUCUGUCCUAAACUAUGAAGGUGCUACUGACAAAAAUACAACCGUUCUACAUGAUCAGAACACAUUUUCUUCAAUUUCAAGAUACAUCAUUAUGGUACUGCCAAUGUUAUUUCCAAUGCCAUAUUUUGUGUUCCCCACAGAUAAGGCAAGGCGUACCAGUUGUUAUCUGGGCUAUAGAUUACACAUGGUUGCUCAACUGUUUAAUGAACCAUCCUAGCAGAAUAGCUGUACUGUACCUGGUUUUCUUGUUUUUGCACCAUAUUUGAGAUAGAUUUUUUUUUUUUUAGAUCAUAUUUCCAGUGCUUCUCCUUAUAAACCUUUAUAUAAAUUGGGACAGUUAAGGACACGUAACCCUAAAAAAAGGUGCCUUUAUUCAAACACAGAAAAGAUCUUUCACAACUAUUAGUUGAGAUCUGACUAAAUGUCAGAACAACAAACACAAUUAUGAGAGAAGGAAAAAGAAACCCCACCAAUAGUUAUGAUUCUAAAGUUGUCCAAAAAAUUCUAAAAAAUGAUGUACCACAAUUAUUUAAUGACAAUAGUUCCUAAGGAAUUAUAAUAAGAUUAUAAAGUGCCAGUGCCGCUAUAAAUUCAUCCAAAGAUAGAAAAAUUCAUUAUUUAAGUAAAGUGCAGUGCAAUAAUUUAGAAUAUUAGACCCAAAAAAGAUUUUGAUUUGGUUUAAAAAAAUUUUUUUUUAAAAAAAAUGACCAAACAUGGUAGUGGGUUAAAAAAUGCAGUCACAAUCCAAAGAAUUAGAUGGUAGAAAUUGGAAAGAAUAGAUGGUGGAGUUGUCCCGUAAACUAGCUACCUGAUUUUUUCUAGAGCCUGGGACACCACAAAGAUAAGGCAGGACAGGGUAACCGGGGCUGUGGCCUUGGUUACCCUGUCCUGCCUUAUCUUUGUGGUGAUAGGGUCAGGCAUACUGCAUGCCAUACUGGACAGGUACUAGGCUGGCUAAUAGAGCUAUAAAAAAACAUAAGUGAUCAUGUACAGUUGUGUUCAGAAUAAUAGCAGUGCACUUGAAAAGUGAAUAAAGCUCAAAAUUCUUAUAUUUGCUUUUUUUUUCCAUACACUCGUAUGCAUUGGGGAACACUACACAUUCUAUUCCAAAUCAAUAAAAAUGUCAAAUUUGUGUUAUUCCUUAACAGAAAGUGAAGAAAAGGAAAUAUUAGGAUGUUUAAAAGUAAUGGCAUUGUCUGCAUUCUCCUUUAUAAACUCAAACAUUCAUUGUAUAAACUGAAAAAUGUUUUAA